AUGGCCACGGACGUGCACCGGCGAGGGCACGGGCGUUCCUUGGAAGGACUCUCGGUUAUUGCAGGGGCUGCCCAUCUCAUACCGCCGGACGCCGGGCCACGGAACAACGCCCAGGCAGCCUUGCUCAGGGCAAGCUACCAGGUAUCUUCCCAGCUUGUAGGCGGUGGAUCCCUGCCGCCUGGCGCUCCCCUCUCAGCUACAGCCUCCGCCGCCAGCACGGCACCGCGCGGCAUCACAAUCCCCGCCAUGGCGACAACCAACGCAGUGAAUGUGAACACAGCGGCGUGGAGGGCGUACGGCAGCCCCAGCGCAAGGAACCACCAGCGCCCGCCGCUGGCUCCUGGCACCGCCGGCGGCGGGAGUACGGCACCCGGACCGUCCAGCCCCUCGGGGAACAGGCUGCCCCGGGUAGGCGGCUUCAAGCCCCGCCGGCCGCAGAGCGCCCCGGGGCCCGGCGGCGGCGAAGGCGGCGGCAGCGGCGGAGACUUGGGUCCCGUCAUCGCGGCCAUCGCCUCCACCGCGUCUGCGGGCACCGGCACCCGCCGCGGCGUCAGGGUCCCGGAUGCUGUGGACGUGGGGGUGAUGGCGGUGGAGCAGCCGGACCCCAUAUGGGCGGGCCGUACGGACUCCGGGAGGAUCAUGUUCGAGUACACGCUGCCCACGGACCCGUACGCCAAGUACAUUUGGGAGGAGCAGGCGAGGAAGGCCAGAGCCACCAUGGCCAGACACAUUGCCGCCAUGGCGGCGGCGGCCGCGGUCAACGGCGGUAAUGCCUUUAGCCAUGGUAGCAGCGGCGCCGGCGGCGGCAGCGGGAGCGGCGCCAGCCGUCCCGGCUCCGCCAAGCGUGGCGUUGGGACCGCGGCGGCUGCGGCGGCAGCGGCAGCGGCCGCGGCGGCUGGUGGGUUGGGCGCAUCGGGGUCGGGCAUGCGGCCGCGGUUCUCCUCCACCUCACUGGCGGAGGCUGCUCGUCAGGGGUUGGACCACAAGCCGACUACGGUGGUGGGCUUCGCGGCUCCCGACAUGACGGAGGACACCACCAUGCCGGGUCCGAACGACCCUCGUUGGGCUUAUACCCGGCUGGGUAGGUCCCAGCUGACUAGGCUGCAGCAGUCACUCAAGAUGUGCCUCGCACCGAAGCACCAGAUGCGCCCCGCCUCAGCGCCGGCCCUGGCCAGCGGUGCCGGUGUUGCCACCGCCACCACCACCACUGUUGCCGUGUCCGCUGUCGCACCCGGCAUCGGCGUGGGUACGGACAGCAGCGUCAGCGCCGUAGGUGUCGGUGUCAGCGCCAUUAGCCCGGAGGGCAGUUUAACGCGCGGAGAGUUGUCAGUUCUGGAUCCGUUUUCGGAUCCAGCGCAGGGCGGCGCCGCUGCCGUUACGGCGCUCGGCCGCGUAUCGGAACUGGAAGGGCAACGCUCCGGCACCGUCACGAUGGUGCGUACGGCAUCCGGCAGCGGCGGGACACGGCCGGGAUCAGCGGGGCUGGUGCGGCCCGGGUCGGCAGCAGCUGCCCGGGGGUCGUCGGGGAACUUGGCUCGACCAGGAUCAGGGACCGUGCCGUUGCAGCAGCGGCCCAACUCGGGGGGCCUUAUGCGGUCCGGCUCCGCCAGCGCUACAGGGGCCAUGCUUUCGGGGCUCAACUUGUCCACAGGUCCCGCCGUUCCGACGGUGCGCGGUGCUUCGGCGGGCCGUACACGCGAGGCGGCGCCUAACCCGCGUGUGGACCUGCGCAUGUACCUCGCGGAGGCGGAGGCGGAGGCGGAGGAUGACGACGGCGGUACGGAGAUGCUGCCGGUGGGAGAUCUGGCUGCGGCUGGGCUGUUUGACGCCGGCGGCGGUACGGUACUCGUCGGCGCUGACGGCCUCCCACUACCGCCGGAGGUGCUGCAGAGCAUGCCCGUCCCUGCGGACCAGCUUGCGGCGAGGCUGGCGGAGAUGGUGGCCGCGGUGGCGGUGGUGGCGGCGCAGAAGCAGAUUGACGGCAGCCAUGAUGACGAGAACGCCGACGACGUUGCCGCGGCCCCGGAGGAGGGCCCGCCGCCGCCGCCGCCGCCGCUGCAACCUCCUCAUUUCAGUCGGCCAGAAGGCGACGACGCGUUGACGGCGCUGCACGGCACCUCCACUUUCGGGAGCCGCGGCUCCGAUCGGUUCAGCUCCCAUUCGUCCGUGCAGUACGGCAGCCAUGGGCAAAUCUUAUCUGGACAGUACGACGCGAGCGGCAUCUCGGAUUGGGGUGAUGAGCACGGAGCGCCACCGAUGGAGCAGCCGUUGGGUUUGGGCCUGGGCUUGGCUCCGAGACCAAGUAGUAGAGCGGGUCGCCCCACUUCCGCACGCCCCACCUCGGCUCGGCCCACCUCGGCGGCGCCCGGGCGGCGAAGCAUCAGCCCGGUACGGGGCCUGGGCGACGGCCUGGAGGGCGGUAUGGACGUGAUCAUGGAGCAGAGCGAGGGAACUGUCGGGGAGGAGAAUUGA